CUUCUUCCUCAUGUAGUCUGUUCCCUCAAUGAACUUCUGCUCCAUUUUUUUCCACUACUCCAUCCAUGGUGUGGGGUAAGCAACUCUGAAGGGUGCCUGAUGUAGACCCACCUUAGCCCAAUGUACGGAGGAACAGAGAUGGUAGCCAUACUCUUCUAUUGCACAAGGACAAGUGGGGAGACAAGGGGAAUCUACGUGGAAGCCCAACAACUUAGCACAGAACAUAAUCAAGUCUGGAGCUGAGUGUCACAGCCAGAGGGAACUACAGCAACUCCGAAGAAGAGAGGGGACUGAUGCACACUGCUAUGAAUCCGCCCGUGUGUGUAACAGUCAGCAGAUGUGCUGUGCCCUAGAAGCCAUUUCAUCAUAUGCUUGGGAAAACAUUCAAGGAAGACUUAAUUGACAAUUGACGAUGUCAGCUCUGCACGCAACUGUUCUUUAUCUCUCAGGAGAGAAUCACCAAGCUCUCAGAUCCCGUGAGAGGUUUGUGGUGUUCACAGACUAUUAUAGACUCUUGUUUCUGCCAUGUUUAUUCUCCAGAAGGUCUGUAUUUAAAUUAUUGAAGAAAAUACAAACUUCCUGUGUCUGGUAAGUCCCUUCCCUUUCUUCCUUAAGCUACACAAUUCAUCACUCUUAUCUCCCUGGUUUUUUCUUCCCCUUACAUGCGUAAGAACUUUGAAUUUGUAGUUUUCUUUUGGUACUUCCUCUUCCAUUUUCUCUAGGAAGUCUUCAUUUUUACAGAUAAUCUGGCAUUCAGAAGGAGGAUUCUCAAGGAAAAAAGGAAGUCUGUGGUAAUAAUGCUAGCCCAGAGGAAGGGAUAAGAUUGCUUUCAUAAGUCAGGUUAAAACGUAAGCCUUACGCUGAUGACAUCAGUGUGGGAAAGAUCCUUGUGCCACAAGUUCAUUAUCAUCAUACACAGCCUCUAUCCAAGGUCAAUGAGAAUAUCUUACUCCUCCAAAAAUUAAGAAAGGACUAUUAUCUUGAGCAAUGGGACAAUUCCAUAGGUUACCACAGUAAAAUUCAUACCUGUACCUCUAUAUUUAGAAACUGUUCCUUCAUCAUUCUGAGCAAUGCGGGUGGAGGGUACUGACUCCAAAUGUGGGAAAUACUCAUGUAAUGGCCCAUUGCCCUGGUGGAUUUCUUGACCUUUAAUAUUCAGCCUCUCUGUCUCCAUGCACUUUAUUUUCUCAUGUCUGCACAUAAUGCAGAUAUGGUAGAUUUAGAAGUUGGCACUUGAUGAGACACAAAAUUUGAAAGAAAAAAGAUAAACUGUGCAGUUGACUGUUGCCCAGAAGCAGGGAAAGGCAUGCAGCCAAAUUCCCCCAGCUCCUUGUGUCAUCACGUGAUGUUGCUUGGAUAUCAGCUUAUCAACAGACUGAAUUUCUACUGCCACCUUCACAUGAAGAAAGAGACCCUGCAAGGAAACUACACUGAAUAUGAGUACAAGCUUUUAAAAAGGGGGAGAUUAUAAUACAGGGUACAGGAUAAAGAAUGGGAGAAAAACAGAAAAGACAACAAAAGCUUUGGAAUGUUCCACGGAUUCCUUGCAUUCGGGUCCCCUCCUCUGCCUACACCCACAACACUCCCUUAAUGAAGGACCUAACCCAAGGGCAGCAACGCUACUUUUAUAGCAUCAUGAGGAUUUACAAUUCCAGGCCCCAGUGGGAGGCCCUGCAGAACCGCUAUAUUCACAGCCUUCAGCACCAGCAGCUGCUUGGCUACAUUACACAACAGGAAGCUUUGGCUCGUGCCGCUGUACUUAGAGAUUCAACCAAGAGAGCCUCAGCUAAGGUAGCUCCUCAAAGAUCCAUCCCCCAGAAGCCUUCAGCCAUGACAAGAACAUGGCUGUCAGCACUACCUGUGUCUAUGGUUCGACCCAGGGCUCAAAGAGCAGGGCUUGGAUCCCUCAGGAAUUGAGACUUUGCACAAGCUCUGAAACAGGCACUUUGCCCAUGUACCCCCAAAUCUAGCGGCUGCUUAGUGUAUAUUUGUUGAAUGAGAAUGAAAAAAAAUAAUAACUUCUAACACACACUCCAUACCUAGAAAUAAUCUCUUUCCCACUCGCAUAAAUUUUACCAGCAAGAACAAGCUGAGGGAUUUAAGAGCAAUUGGAGCUAAGUGUAAACACGCCUUUCACUCCACAUAUAAUCUGUAGAGUGAAAUGACUUUUGAAGCUUUCAAAGUAAAAGCUUCCUUUGAAUUAGAACCUCUCAGACAAGUCCCAAGAACAGUGAAAGGGUGAAAGUCAUCAGAGAGUGCCAGGUUCCCAGUCACAGGGUGACUGUGGAAGCCACCCACUGCAGAUUUUGAAAAUACACAAACCAACACCAAGUUAACACUAAGCAUGCAGGGUUUCCAGAGGCAUAUCAUCUCAGCAGGAACUGGCCUGUGCGUUUCCAUGUCCUCCUUCCUCUCCUCUUUCCCAUUAAGCAAUAGCAUUUAACUUGGCCCCAAAUCUUCUGGUUCUUGCCUGACUCAAUUCCUUUGUGUCAUCUUGAAAUUUGGACUUACCAACUUGCCACAGCUGGGUUCAUCCUACACGGCUAUAGUUGACCUUAACCCAGGCAAGAGAAUUCAUGCACACGUCCUCCCCUGGCAACUGAAGAUACACUCUCAGCAGAACAAGAAGUAGCCCUUAAAGAACUGGUCUCAACUCUAACCUUGCCAUGGCCUCAUUGGUUUUAAGCAAGCACACAAGACUAGACAAAUACGAAAGAAAAAAAAAGGGGGAUAACAAGUCAAAACCACAUAUAAUGGUAUAGUGUGAUAUUAGUUAUAUUUAAUAGUUAUUUUCAUCACUAGUGAUUUUGUGUGUGUGGAAAGUUAGUCAUCGGGGCUCACAAAAAUUCAAAAAUUUUUUCAUCUUUAUUCUAAAUGUUCAGCCCCCUUCCUUCAUUUAAAUCAGCCAAUGACUUUGUUAUGCCCAUAAAAGGAGUUGCCUGAGAUGGAAUUAUAGACUUGCUUGACAAGGGAUGUGCUGACAUCGAUCUGGAAGGAAGAUGCUCUCCAUUACAAGAAAAAAAAAAAAAUACCCCAUUGAUGAGGAUGUUUAUCUUUUCUCUGCGAUCAUUCAUAAAGAAUAAAGUUUCUUGACC